UCCAACCAGUUAAGAGUUGAUUGAAAACCUAUAAAAGCAGCAGCACUAAAUAAUUGCAAUCAAAUUCCGAGAAUGCAGAGAACUUUAAUACAUCGUGUGGGUGUCCUGGCCAUAUGGCUGGUUAUCCUUGCCCAGCCGUGCUGGCCGUGCGAGACCACAACGUCGGCCACAGCCACAAAGGACUGGUGGCAGAAUGCCCAGUUUUACCAGAUUUACCCCAGAUCCUUCAUGGACUCUGAUGGCGACGGCAUUGGUGACUUGAAUGGCAUCACCAGCAAGCUGGAGUACCUAAAGGAUCUGGGCGUCACAGCUGCCUGGCUGUCGCCCAUCUUUACCUCUCCGAUGGUGGACUUUGGCUACGACAUUUCUGACUUUUUUGACAUCCAACCGGAGUACGGAACCCUUGAUGACUUCAAAGCUCUGAUCAAAAGAGCCAAGGAGCUGGAUCUGAAAAUCAUUCUGGACUUUGUGCCCAACCACUCGAGCAAUGAGAGUAUUUGGUUCAAGAAGUCGGUGGCUCGCGAGAAGGGCUACGAGGACUACUAUGUGUGGCACGAUGGGAAAGUUAAUUCUGCGACGGGAGCAAGGGAGCCACCUUCCAACUGGCUACAGGCAUUCCGGGGCAGUGCUUGGGAGUGGAACGAGGUGCGACAGCAAUACUAUCUCCACCAGUUCGCCGUGCAGCAGGCCGACCUUAACUACCGCAACCCCCUCGUUGUGGAGCAGAUGAAGCGAGUGCUUCGCUACUGGCUGGACCUCGGAGUUGCCGGCUUUCGGUGUGAUGCCGUGCCUGUACUCUUUGAGAUCGAGCCUGAUGCUAAUGGUCAGUACGCCGACGAGGAGGUGAGCGGUCUGACGAAUGACACCGAGGCCCGAAACUACCUUAAGAGCGACUUGAUAGAGAAUCGACAAGAAACAAUUGACAUGGCUUACCAGUGGCGUGUUGUCAUGGACGACUACCAGCGCAUCCAUGGCGGCGAUACGAGGGUCCUGCUCAUUGAGACCUACGCCCCUCCCGCCUACACAAUGCAGUUCUAUGGCAAUCGUAGUGUUGAGGGAGCCCACUUGCCCUUCAACUUCAACCUGAUCACAGUCCCGGCCAGCGAGGGGUUCUCAGCAAGUUCCGUCAAGUUAGCGGUGGACAACUGGCUAACCAACCUGCCCUCUGGUCGCACCGCCAACUGGGUGAUUGGUAACCACGAUCAGCGGCGAGUGGCCAGUCGAUAUGGUACGGCCAAUGCAGACGCCAUGAACAUGCUAGUGAUGAUUCUACCAGGUGCCAGUGUUACAUACCAAGGCGAGGAGCUGGGUAUGACCGAUGGUGAGAUUAGCUGGGAGGACACCCAAGACCCAGCGGCCUGUAACUCAAACUCGCAGAUUUACGAGCAGUUCACCCGUGAUCCCUCUCGCACGCCUUUCCAGUGGACAAGUGGCACAAACGCAGGAUUCUCCACAGCAGCCAAGACUUGGCUGCCCCUGGCGGCGGACUACCAAACAGUCAAUGUGGAGAUGGAGACGGCGGCCGAGCGUUCGCAUUUGAAGAUUUACAAGUCCCUGGUGGAACUGAGAAAGUCCUCGGUGACUCUACAAAAUGGUUCCACAAAGUACUCAGUGCUGGGUGAUAAUGUGUUCGUCGUUAAGCGUUACCUCUCUGGCUCGCAGUCCAUUAUUUACGUGGCAAACCUUGCCAGCAAAGGUGUCACAGUGAACCUGUACGACUUUGACCAGACCCUGCCCACACACCUGACGCUCCUCGUGCGCAGCCUGCAGUCCGCCAAGGCGGAAGGCUCCUUGUUUGAGGUCACCGGUCUGAGUUUAGCGGCCGGCGAGGCCUUGGUGCUGAGCACUUCCUGAUUCGUUCGGACUUCCUCCUAUCUGGCGCACUUGAAAAACAUACCGAUUCGGGCCACUCAAUCGGCAUUUAUCUCCGGCUCAAAGCAAAUAUGCCGUGGCUUGCAUAAAUAAAUAAAUAAAUAAGCAAAGAA